CUGGGCUGAGGGUGCUGAACUCCAGUCGCCUUUAGGAAUGGCUGGAAAAAGCCCACACCUAGAGAUCCCUCCCUCCCUGCCCUUCCACAGCAGGUCGCAUCUGGGAGACUCUCCGGUCAUUAGAGGAAUGAGACGAGAGUGAGCAAUUCCCCAGCUCGCCGGUACCGGGUGGAAAGCAGCAGGCAAGGAUGGAUGUGGUUGACAGCCUUCUUGUGAAUGGAAGCAACACCACUCCUCCCUGCGAACUAGGCAUCGAAAAUGAGACGCUUUUCUGCUUGGAGCAACCCCAUCCGUCCAAAGAGUGGCAGCCAGCUGUGCAGAUUCUCUUGUAUUCCUUGAUAUUCCUGCUCAGCGUGCUGGGGAACACGCUGGUCAUCACGGUGCUGAUUCGGAACAAGAGGAUGAGAACUGUCACCAACAUCUUCCUGCUGUCCCUGGCCGUCAGCGACCUCAUGCUCUGCCUCUUCUGCAUGCCAUUCAACCUCAUCCCCAACCUGCUCAAGGAUUUCAUCUUCGGAAGCGCUGUUUGCAAGACCACCACCUACUUCAUGGGCACCUCUGUGAGUGUAUCCACUUUUAACCUGGUUGCCAUAUCUCUGGAGAGAUAUGGUGCAAUUUGCAAGCCCUUACAGUCCCGGGUCUGGCAGACGAAAUCCCACGCUUUGAAGGUGAUUGCCGCUACCUGGUGUCUCUCCUUUACCAUCAUGACUCCGUACCCAAUUUAUAGCAACUUGGUGCCUUUUACCAAAAAUAACAACCAGACCGCGAACAUGUGCCGCUUUCUACUGCCAAACGAUGUUAUGCAGCAGUCCUGGCACACGUUCCUGUUACUCAUCCUUUUUCUUCUUCCUGGAAUUGUGAUGAUGGUGGCAUACGGAUUAAUCUCUUUGGAACUUUACCAAGGAAUAAAAUUUGAUGCUAGCCAGAAGAAGUCUGCUAGAGAAAGGAAACCGAGCACGGGCAGCAGCGGCAGGUACGAGGACAGUGACGGGUGUUACCUGCAGAAGUCCAAGCACCCUCGGAAGCUGGCGCUUCAACGGCUGUCCAGCAGCAGCAGCGGCGGCGGCAGGGUCGACCGCAUCAGGAGCAGCAGCUCCGCGGCCAACCUGAUGGCCAAGAAGCGGGUGAUCCGCAUGCUCAUGGUCAUUGUGGUCCUCUUCUUCCUCUGCUGGAUGCCCAUCUUCAGCGCCAACGCCUGGCGGGCCUACGACACCGCCUCCGCGGAGCGCCACCUGUCGGGGACCCCCAUUUCCUUCAUCCUCCUGCUCUCCUACACCUCCUCUUGCGUCAACCCCAUCAUCUACUGCUUCAUGAACAAACGGUUCCGCCUGGGCUUCAUGGCCACCUUCCCCUGCUGCCCCAACCCUGGCCCGCCAGGGGCGAGAGGAGAGGUGGGAGAGGAGGAGGAAGCCAGGACCACGGGGGCCUCUCUGUCCAGGUACUCUUACAGCCACAUGAGCGCCUCGGCCCCGCCCCCGUGAGCUGCACCCCGGCCCUCCAGUGCAGAAGGAAGGAGGGGGGACUGAGGAAGGGAGAAGGGACGGAGGAGGAAGAGGCAGCAGGACGUGAGGGAGGAGAAAGGCUCCAUUUCCUGUGGGAACUAGUCAUUGCUUUUCAUCCUUCAUCCAGGCUCCAGGAAACACUGCUAGGGUGGGGCCGUGACGUGCUUUCUAGGCAGUUCGAGGCAGGAAAUGUUCAAUCAUUCGCCAUCAGAAAAACCUCAGCAGGCCAGUAAUGGGAGUCCAACGGGGCUCGUGCUGCAAAUGUUAUUGCCCAGUACAUGUUUCACUGGGAAUGUGGACCCUACUGAGCCUUAGAAGGUUCUAGAACAUCCAAGGUGGGUUCUCAUGCCCCAUAGUGACACGCUUCUGUGCUUUGCUUCUUCUGCUGAUGCAGAAAUGUGACAGCCGCUUUGCCCCUGGGGAGUCUAAUCCCUGGUGUACAUACUAUGGCCACCUCCCUCAUCAUGACCACAAAGAGGGACAGGAAGCAAACCCUCAUCUGGCCAUUUUCUGUAGUAAGAGAACAGCUUGACUUUUUCUUCUUGAGGUCGGUCAAGGACAUUCAGAGGCAUACGUUGAUGUGGUCAUCAGGAUAGCAUAAGAAACUUUGUCUCAAAGAUGGAAUUUGGAACUUAUAUUUCUAAAAAUAACAGAGAAUACAAGGCAAAUAAAAUAGCUGGAUGAAAUGCUACCUUACUAUAAGGAAUAGUAAGUGCCAGAAGGUACCUAGAAAUAUUUUUUUCGACUUAAAUGAUAUCUGUCGCUUAACGCCACCUUUAUAUAGUGAUAUUAAGCCCCAGGGCUUCUUUGCCUUAACUUUGUUUUUCAUACUCUUCUGGCACUUUCUUUUUUUUCAGAAAGACCUCCAGGUACAAAGGAGAGUUGCAACCUAUGCGUACCUGGCCACAGGUGGAAACAUGAGUAGUCGGGCCCAGAAUAAAAACUGGCACACUUGGAUUCAAUUAACAAAACAGCUUUUGAUUGUCAAAGCUGUCUAUUCUUUAAGUACAAACUAUGUAUUUGCUAAUAAUUGUAUUGAUUUUUAUGUACAUGUGUAAACCAAACUUAUGUUCUUUACAUAUAAGUAUACUCUUUGGUGUAUUUCAAAAGAGAAAAAUAGUCAAUUGAUGUUGGAAUUCAGCAAGUGUUAUAACCUCA